AUGGCUGACUCAGACGCCAGCGCGGACACAGAUGCGUCCAUUGGGCGCAAGAGAACGGCUGCGCGUCCUCCGUUAGCGGGCUCUACAGGCUCGGAAACGGAGACCGACGAGCGAGUACGCGCGAAGGAAAAUAAGGCGCGAAGGGGGAGGCCCAUUGGAUCUGGGAGGGGGACGGUCUUGACCCGUGCGCGCGCACAAUUGCGCAAUAUGGAGGCUGAGGCCAGAGAGCGGGAGUUUGAGCGCGCGCUUGAGGCGCGCGCUUUUCGGAAGAAGCCUGAAAAGGCGGAUAAGGCGGGGAAGGCCGUUUUCGAGUUCGGCUCGGAUUUGUCGGCCUCUGAGAGCCGGAAAGAAGGCAUCUCUGCUAGAGAUGUGCAGGGUCUGAGAGCGGAAGCAGGACGCAGCGUGACGGAGAUUCUCCAUGUUGCCAGGACCUCUGGCAACCUGAAGGGGGAAUAUGUCCGCCGUCUGAAGCUGGCUGCUGAGGCCCUGACGGGGAUAGUGGACGCCCUGGCGGAUCGCUCCUCGAAUGAGGAGACGAGGAAGGUGGCUGCCGACAAUGAGCGGCUGCGCAAGGAGGUGGAGAACCUGAAGGCGGAGGUUAAGGCGCACCGUCGACAGUUCUCGGAGAUGAGGGCGAGUGCGCCGUCCUCCUCCCUGCAGGGGGAUGUUUUAGAGGAGUUGAGGGCCUCUCUUAUCUCCUCGGUUGGGGCCCUCAUGGAUGCCAAACUGGCCGGCAUUGAGGAACGCCUGCUGCCGGCCAGGUCGCAUCGUCCGCCUCUGGCAGCGGACAGAAGAAAGGAGACAGAAACAGCUAACGAUCACUAUAAUUACGUAGUCAUCAGUUUCAACAAG